GUUUCCGGGGUCACGGCCGCUGCGGGUGAAGCGCUGAUGGCGGCUCCGGCUCCCGCUCCCUGGGAGCUGUUCCUGUGGAAAGGAGACUGGGGCCUCCCGAGUGUGGACAGCGACAGCCUGACCGUCCUGGCUUACGCGCGAUUUUCAGGAGCACCCCUUAGAGUGCACAAGCUCUGCAAUCCCUGGAGAAGUCCCUCUGGGGUUUUGCCAGCACUGAAGACCGAGACAGAUGUUGUGUCGCAGCCUCUCCAGAUCCUUGCAUACCUCAGGAGACAGAAGUACAAUGCUGACUACGGACUAUCAGCAACACAAGGGGCUGACACACUGGCCUUUGCCUCUCUGAUUGAAGAGAAGUUACUCCCUGCGCUGAUAUACAUGUUUUGGGUUGACUCCAAGAAUUAUGUCUCAUUUACGAGGCCCUGGUAUGGAGACGCUAUACCAUUCCCGCUCAAUUUUUUCCUGCCAAACCGCAUGCACAUGCGCUUCCUGGAGCGUCUUCGGCUGAUCCGAGGUGGCCAGUGGCACGAUAACGAAGAGGAAGCAGAGACUGAGAUCUACAAAGAAGCUCGUGAGUGUCUGACGCUGCUGUCCCAGAGGCUGGGGUCACAGAAGUUCUUUUUUGGAGACUCACCCAGCUCCUUAGAUGCCAUCGUAUUUGGACACUUGGCGCCAGUUCUGAAGGCAAAACUACCCAACAGCAAACUGCAGCAACAUCUGCGCUCACUUGACAACCUGUGCGAACUCUGCACAUCCAUCCUUGGUCUUUACUUUCCAAAUGAUGGCUCAGACCCUGAAUGCAGCUCAAAGAAACUUCCCCGGAAUAACUCACCGGAUUCUGAUGAAGAUCCCCACAAGAGGCGCAACCAGAUCUUAUCGGUGAUGGUGGGGCUCUCUGCUAUGAUUGGUUACGCUUUCCUUAGUGGCAUCCUGUCCAUUCAACGGGUAACAACUCAUAAUGCACUGAGGCAGCCCUCCCCACUGGAAGAUGAUGAAGUUGAAGAGGGACAAUGAAAGUGAGAGAUGGGGGAACGCAGCAAGAGAGAGAGAGAGAGGGAGAGAGAUGGGCAGUGACGGGGAAGGUGGUGGGUGAGCAGGUGGGACCAUUUCUGCAAGCAUACUGCCCCAAGAUAUGACCAGUAAAAAUUGUCCGGCACCAGGAGAAAUUGCAGGUAGAUUCCAGAUCUUAAUGUUAUUAUUGUUUGUUUUUUUUUUGAACGUUUAGCUCAGGGUCUUAAACCCUGCAGAACAGGUCAGGGCCAAAAGAAAUUCUAGUUCCAAACUUUCCACCCCGUAAUUAGUAUUGAAAUGUUAUAUUACUGUGGCCAGUGGGGGACUCUGAAUGCUGCUGCUACUGUAAUACUGAGUUGACAGGAACAGUGUCUCCCUGCUUUGACAAUUCAUUUCUAGCUAUCAAAAUAAAAUUCCAUUGCCAAUUAUUGUGAGGUUCAUUGCAGGAAUCGGAUACUCUAUAACACAACCUCAAGGUUAGAUUCUGUUUUGGAACUCGGCCAAGAUAUGGUGAGGUACCAGCCCAGGAAUAAAUGUACAAAUUCUUGUAAAGGUGAAAUAAAGAUUCCAUCUUGGUGCUCAUUAACUCAAAGGGUUUUAGUUUGGGCUGUAACUGCUCUGCCUUGAGUUAUGGGUCCUGAAUGUUCUGUGUUUUACUGUCUUCUACCAGUCUGCAUGUUCCCUGGUCAGCUGAGACUUCAAAGUAAGAUCAUCUUUUGGUCCUGCUCUGUGAAUGUGCUGUUCAGGACACGGGUAUCCCACUUUCUGGAAUGUGUUUCUUUGCAUCUUGAUCAGUUUCCAUGAAGAGCAAAUAAACCUGUUUGUAUCUGA